AAGAAGAACGGCAACGCUGCUUCGUAUGCAGUGUUGAUGAUUGUAACAUGGCGUCCGUAUAGAAUGUGUACAGUGUAGUUUGUGCUUUUCUGGAAAACAACAUUUACAAAACAAAACAGGAUUAUCAACAAACCCUAACAAUAAAAUGAUGAAAGUAUAAUGCAUUGAAAUACAGCAUAACAUUUAUAAUAUUUCGAGGAUUAAUUGAGAAAUUACAAAUCGAUAUGGACGUUGCCGAUACUAGUAUUAAAGGACUUGAGAUGAGCGAUACCUUAGUAUGUUGCCGUUUGUGCACGAACACCAACGAGAAAGUAAUCGGAAUAUUCGACGAGGAAGGCGUGUCCAAUGAACUUGCUACAAAAAUUAAUACAUACUUACCUGUAAAAGUAAGCGAAAAUGAUGGCAUGCCUUUGUACUGCUGUUGGACAUGUAUUUCAACACUUAUUACUUGGCAUGAGUUGUACCUUACAUGUUUGGAAUCAAAGGAAAAGUUGGAAAAUAUGAAAGUAACUAUGAAGAUAGAUGAUGAAUAUGAAGAGGAAUGUGACGAUCCUGAUCAACAAGUUGAAUCCAAUGAAGAAGAUGAUGAGGAGGUUGAGGAAGAAGAAGAAGAAGUGAAUGAUGAGACAGGUCGACCAGAUGUAAGUCUGAAUGUUUUCUGUCAAACGGUUGAAAGUGAGGGCGGUGCCGAGAAGGGGGAGUGGCAAGAGGCGGAACCGGCGGUGAAGUCUGCCAGGCGACGCUCAAAGAAAAAAGAGAUCGUGAUUAAUAUAAAUGAUUGGUUGGUGAAGACGACCGAAGACCCGGAGACGUACUCAUAUGUUUGUCAGCUAUGUUCAUCGACGUACAACACCGAGGAGGAGAUCAACGAACAUAUACGAGAGAAGCAUGAAGACGUUGGUGGAAAUAAGAAGGAACGACGGCGGAGUACGAAACUGGACCACGAGGCAAUAAAUUCAGCUAAAUUAGUGGUAGACGGAAAGAUCUAUUACCACUGCAAUAUUUGCGGAAAGAACUUGCAUUCGCCGUAUACAUACAUGUGGCACAUGAGGAUUCACACGGGUGAGAGGCCCUUUGUGUGCGAUCUAUGUGGAAAGCAAUUUAGGGUAUCGCAAGGAUUAGUUCGACAUCUGAAGGAGACCCACGAGGGUAUUAAAAAGUUUGCGUGCGACAUAUGCGGGCGUAUGUUCUCUACCAGACGAAACGUCGAGGAGCACCGGCGAAUACACACGAACGAACGACCCUACAUCUGCGACCUCUGCGGAAAAUCCUUCAAACAGAAGGCUUCCCUUUUCGUCCACAAUCGUUCGCACUCUAAUUCAUUCCCGUUCUGCUGCAGCUAUUGCAAUCAGCGGUUCCGAUCACGACCUCCGCUCCUCAUACACGUAACCAAACACACAGGAGAGAAGCCCUAUCCGUGCGAAGUAUGCGGUCGUUGCUUUCGGAUCAAGUACGAACUGAAGAGGCACAUGCUCAUACACUCCGAUGAGAAACCCUUCGUCUGUUCCGAAUGCGGACUCGGCUUCCGACAAAAGAGAUACCUGCGUAAUCACCUCAAAAUCAAUCACAACACGGAAACUACUAAUUUAUACCAUUUGGCGAAAUCGAAUCAUAGAUGUGACGUGUGCGGGAAGAAGUUUAGCAACAGUUACGUUGUGUUAAGGCAUAAGAGGCUGCAGCACGGUGUCGAAAAUUCCAGUAAAUGUGAUCUGUGCAUGGCAACUUUUGUCAACAGGACGAAACUUAGAAUACACUUGAAAAGUGAACAUGGGGAACUUAUUAAAAUGCCGAGACGUAAACCGGACGAGAUCGAAUCAAAGUAUUACUGCGAUAUCUGUCACAGAGGUUACGCCCAGAACGGCAUUAUGAAAAGACAUAAACGACUAAAGCAUUCGAACAUUGAGGAGCCACCACCAAAUCCUGCGAAAACAGUGAAAAAGAAAUCGCAGCGAACGAUGCAUUCAGAGCUGGUGAGACGGUGCAGAAUUUCUGGACCGGACGAUAAGGUCUUCUACAAGUGCGAGUUCUGCGAGAAAAUUUACAAAUUUUCCUCGAGUCUGAUAACGCAUCAGACUAUUCACACCGGUAUCAGGAACUUCUCGUGCCAUAUUUGUGGGAAACGUUUCCGUCAGGGCAGCAACCUCAACAUCCACAUCAACGCUUUUCACAAUAAGAUCCGCAAGUUCUCCUGCACCAUUUGUCAAAUGCGCUUUGCAACCAAGGCUUUCUUGGAGGAGCAUAUGAACAAGCACACCAACACCAGACCCUACAUAUGCGACGUCUGCGGCAAAUCAUUCAGACAGAGGGGUAGCCUGUACGCGCACAAGUUGUUCCACAGCAACAAUUUUAGAUUUGAAUGCACUAUUUGCGGAAAGAAAUAUCGCAGGUCGAGCGAACUGAAAGUACAUAGUUGGCUGCAUACAGGGCAUAGGCCAUACAAGUGCGACAUUUGCGGAGCAUCCUUUCGAGUAGGCACUGCUCUGAAGAAACACGCCAAUACACAUAACGCAAAUAAUGAGCACGUAUGUCCUGAUUGUGGUGCUAAUUUCAGUCGAGGCCGAUACCUCGCCAAACACCGACAAGACAACUGUCAGAAAAUUCCAGCAUCCGCUGAUUCAACUAUGGAAGAAGUUAUAUAGAUGUUGAAAUAUAUAUAGUGUAGUAUCUGAUAACUAAAAUAAAGCACAUCAAUUUCAUUUGGCUUUUGUUUGCUUUUAGAACCA